AACUUAAGAACGAAGUCCGACGGCAGCAGCGGAGUCAACGAGUGAGAGUGACAGAUCAAACCAUAGACAGAGACAAGCAGAGCAAUCUGAGCCAUAUAACGACUGUUAUUCGGUUUUUCUUUUCGACGUGAGACAGGCGAGUUGAGAAAGAAUCUAAACCCGAGGUCUGCUCUGUUUGUUUCCUGUUUCUUGAAGUAGUAGUCGCUCAUUUAAAUGUGGUGGAUCCGGUGACAGAGUACAGCAACAGCGAAGCACGACAGUCAUGGAGAAUGGAAAGAGUCGACUGCAGCAGGCCCAGGAGGAGGCGGAGGAAGUGAAGAUGAUCAUGCUGGACAACAUGAACAAGGCGGAUGAGAGAGCCGAUAAACUGGGCGACCUGGAGGAGAAAGCUGAAGAGCUACUGAAUUCGGGUAAAACUUUUGAAAAGAAGUCCAACAAGAUAAAGGAAAAGAAACGAUGGGAGCACAACAAGAUGAAGAUCGUGUUGGGUGUUGUUGGCGGGGUCAUUUUGGCCACUGUUAUCGGACUUAUCAUCUUUGCCUGUGUGUGACAUAGUUUUCUUUUUAAUCACCCUGUGCACUGCCUAGACCAGGAUGACAUCGUUAGGGAGUAUUUUUGGGAGCAUCAGUUCAACCCAGCUUUUAACAUGGUACCAUACUUGCUGAGCUGCUGAUUUUCUUGUUUUUAUAAAUUCCUUUGGAUACUCAUUUGCCACUGCCUUGUGCAAAAAACAUUGUUAUAUUCAUAUUGGACCGAGGGAGUCAAAAUAAAAGAGCAAAUUGAUUAACUCAGUGAGUUAUAUUGAGAAAUUGUUGUAGAUGGUUUGAGAAAAAUCUGUUUUUUAAGUGAAUAAUCUGUCCUUGCAAGAAUAAAUUCACAUGUUGCUUGAAACUCCAGUCUCCAGCAGCUAUCUGCAUGCUGCUGAAAAUAUCAGAAGUAAGUUAAAAUAGAAAUGUCACUAAGAUACCUUUAUUGUUUUUUUUGUUUGUUUGUUUUUUAUUUUACAAGUGAAGAGCGACAGCUGGUUGCUGUUACAUGGGUCUGGGAAAUAGUGUUACCUCACAAACCUCUAGUGCUAUGAGAGUAUUGCACCACAAAAUUAUUACAACAACAAAAACAUGUAUCUUAAUUUAAGUUUUCAUAGGAAAGUGUUGCAAACUUUCGGUUCGGCGUUUGUGAACUUGUGUUUCUUUACUAUUUUUGAGAAUUAGAUAGGUCGAAGGUUCCUUGACCACACUUACUUAAUAAAGAUUUAUUC